UAAUCCGUGUCAGCAUAUUUCUUUGACACGUAGCUACACAAUAGAGUUGUUUCUUAAUUCGUUUCGAGAAUUUCUGUUUGUUUUACAGUUUUCUUCUUGAACUUAGGCACCUUGCAGCUCCCUGUCCAGUCUGCCACGACACGGACAGAUUCUGGGCUGGACCGCCUGUGAUAAGCAUCCUAUGCUAUUUUGUUCAAGAUGGCGGUGGCGAGCAUGGAAAAGGACGCGAUAAACACCGAAGAUGAUGUUCACUUUAAUAAUUCGUUUGGAGAUUCUGGGCUUAUCUCCCCUGAUAAAGAAGACAUCUCUCGUAUUCUGACAGUUCCUUUCAGUGGACGGAUCAGAGGUGGGAUGAGGCCUGGGAAGAAAAUCAUAAUAAUGGGCAUCAUUGAUCCAGAGCCAGACAGCUUUGACAUCAGUUUGACAUGUGGUAACAGUGAGGAGAAAGAUUAUGAAGAGCUCACUGAUGUGGCCCUUCAACUCCGCGCACGAUUCACCGAAAGGCAGUUCCUGAGGAAUGCACAGGUUUCUGGGAAAUGGAGUGAGGAAGAGGCACCCAUAUCUUACUUCCCCUUCAUCCCGGACCAGCCUUUUAGGAUUGAGAUCCAUUGUGAGCAUCAGCGUUUUAGGAUCUUUGUGGAUGGGCACCAACUCUUUGACUUUUAUCACAAAGUAAAGUCUUUGCCGGCCAUUAAUAUGAUCCGGAUAGUUGGGAGUCUUCAGAUCACCAAGCUGGGCUAACCAAGCACACCUGAGCACACGCCAGAAAGGACUUCUCACAGGUGACCGUCUGCACCUGUGCAUUUGCCGCAGCUCUCACAAAGACAUCAACAACAUCUGCAUUUUCACUUCUCUUUUUCCCUCCAACCUAGAAUUGUAAUGAUUUCUGAGUAUUGUAUCAUAACCGGUUGGUGAAUGAUUGCAAUAUCAGAUGUGUGUUCCAGUGUCUUUGCUUCACAUUGUAGCUUAUUUGUUUAGCUUCAGUAAUUUUUCAGGGAUUGCUCACUUUGAUAUGCACUCUGUGGUAGUAACAUACGCCACUGGGAUUUAGCUACUCUCCAUAGACACUGCCAAUGUACUUGUGCUUGUAGUCUAGCAGUGUAGUUUCAAAAUGAUCCAAAACUCAGGAAAUCAGAUAGUUAAUUUUACUUCAUUUCAUUCUGAUGAUAAAUUUGCUUUAAAUUCUUAUUAGAUACUCCGAAAUGCUUUGGCUGCUAGAAUAUAAGAUCUCAGAUUCAGCAUUUGCCGUUCCACCUGGGUUUUAUUUGCAUUAUUUAAUCUUAAUAAUUAAAAUAUUUUGGAAGGAAGAUGUUAUUUUAUAUCCAAAUUGUGUAGCAGGGUUUAUGGUAGACUUCUAAAUAGCAUACAUUUCCUUUCCUGUGUCGGUUCAUUGCAACUAUAAAUUUUUGGGAAAUAUAUAUGUUACACUGACAUUUUGUUGUGUAGGGCUGCCCCCUAAUAGUCGACUAACCAUUAGUCAACAAGAAGAGGCUUAGUCUAUCAAAUUUAUUAGUCGCUUAUUUGCAGAAAAAAAAAAAUCCACAGGAAGUUGCGUAGUGGCGUGGCGGACAGAUUAUUAACAGCUGGUCUAUGUGGUAAUUACAGUACAUCAAAAUGUUUGUUUCGUUCAUCAACCUCAAAUGUGGCUUAUCUAAAACAUGCAAGUAGUAGCAACAUGGCUGCUUGCUCAAACACUUGAAUAGCACACACUUUUCUGGGUUAACGUUAGUGGCGUGCGGAAGCGGAGUAGUAGUGCGCUCACUGCAUGACAGUUAACGUGGAGGCACCAGUGCGAUCAUUUGCAUUUAACUUAACACUAAUUUUUGCUCUUAGCCUCUUACAGAGCAAUACAUAUUUUGAAUUUGUAAAAGGUUUACUUGUAUUUGUGUGCAGUGCACUCACAAUAACAAAACGUUGUGCUUUUGUAAAAUAAUGAAAGCAAACUGUGCUCUUUCUGCCAUCUAGGGCUCUGUGAACUUGUGCAUGUAAAAAAAAAAAAAUUUUACCGAAACUCUGUGCUUGCCACACCGACAUGAGAAAUAUAUCUAUAGAAAUUUCAAUUUCUUCUUUUUAAUGAUCCAAUUCAAAUGGAGAACAAAUAUUUCAGAUUGUGUAAUAUGUAUGAAACGUGCAUGUCCAGUGUGGAGAUGAUAAGUCGGUGUCGGCAACUUCAUCACUGCAGCUGAAAAUACAGAAAACACUAGUUUAUCUAUUAAUUAUUAUGUUAAGGCAGUCUUGCUGUUUUUUUUUUUUUUUCCCCCUGACACAUUCAUAAUUUUUUCUGCCAGUGUGCUGUGGCAAGUUUUAUGCGUGCGCUUGAGCACUGAUAGGCUAUAGGCAAUUAAAGGCUAAUUAUUAUGAAUUAUAUGGUUUAUUAAUAUAAACAUGCGAUUAGUCAACUAAUUGCUAAAAAUGAAUGACUAAUAGUCGACUAGAAAAAUCUUUAGUCAAGGGCAGACCUAGUAGAAUGUCCCAUGAGGAUUAUUUAUUGAGAUAGAGGACUUUUUUAUUUUAGGAAAUUUGAUCAUCCAGUCAUUCUCUUACAAGCCAGCACAGUAUUUAAGUACAACAGUAUAAUGUUAAAUCAUUGACAACCAAACCAACAAAAUGAUUGCUUUUGGACACGGAUGUUUAAGUACAUUGUUUUCUGUGAGGAAUGACUUCAGUGCUGCAGUUUUGCAAAAAAAUAACUCUGCUUAUCUGUUUACGCUUUAUUAUAAGCACCUCGUAAAAAAAAUUGAAGGAGCAGAUAUAAUAGGGCUGAAUUGUUUCUUGAAUGUACCGUCAUCCACUGAUAGGCUUCGUAAUAGCUUAGCUGUGGGUGUAAAGUGAGCAUCUUCAGUCUUCAAAAAGAAACUAUUAUUCUCUCCUCCUCCUUCGUACUCAUAAUGUCACUCCUCUUAAUAUAAACACAAAAUGAAUGGUCAGCAUAUUUCCUGUAUUCAGCAGUGCUUUUUGUUCCGAACCUCUGCCCUGUACACCCACAAUGCUGUCCACUCGGUUGUCUUCUGCUCAAGUUCCAUUUGUAGGAUUGGAUUAGUAUGAUAGCAGUGAUUAUUAUUGCUACUUAUUACAUCACAGUAUCCAAAAAACACUUCUUGCUUCAUUUUCAUGACAUGCAUAUAUGUACAUGACCAUUCAAAAGUUAGGGAUUUUUUUUUAUUUUUUUUUUAG